AGGCGCGUGGAGCCCCUUUCCCGCGGCGGUGGCGGUCGGGGCGGGCGCAGCCGCCAUGGGCUUCGGGGACCUGAAGUCCGCCGCGGGCCUCCGCGUCCUCAAUGACUUCCUGGCCGACAAGAGCUACAUCGAGGGGUACGUCCCUUCGCAGGCUGACAUUGCAGUCUUCGAAGCGAUCGCUGCCCCGCCGCCUGCAGACUUGUUCCAUGCUCUCCGGUGGUACAAUCAUAUUAAGUCGUACGAAAAGCAAAAGGCAAGCUUGCCAGGAGUAAAGAAGGCUUUGGGAAAAUAUGGUCCUGCUGAUGUUGAGGACACAACAGGUGCAGCCACGGAUAGCAAAGAUGAUGAUGACAUUGACCUUUUUGGAUCUGAUGAUGAGGAGGAAAGUGAAGAAGCAAAGAAACUGAGGGAAGAACGUCUGGCCCAGUAUGAAUCAAAGAAGUCCAAAAAACCAGCUGUUGUUGCCAAGUCAUCAAUCUUGCUUGAUGUGAAACCUUGGGAUGAUGAGACAGACAUGGCCAAACUAGAGGAGUGUGUUCGAAGCAUUCAGGCAGAUGGCUUGGUCUGGGGAUCUUCCAAGCUUGUACCUGUUGGCUAUGGUAUCAAAAAGCUUCAGAUCCAGUGUGUUGUUGAAGAUGAUAAAGUUGGAACAGAUAUGCUGGAAGAGAGAAUAACAGCUUUUGAAGAUUAUGUACAAUCAAUGGAUGUAGCUGCUUUCAAUAAGAUUUAAGUCUUGAUAUAUCUAGAAUAAAUGUUGUUGCAAAAAACGUGUGGUGUCUGUGUUUGUUUCAGAAUCUUUGAGUAAUCCAGCUCACAAAUGUAAGCUUUUCUUAGUGGGUAAAGU